UAGUGUUGUUUACUGCAGCUGUAAACAGCAUGUAGCUCCACAGUGACUCGGUGAAUCGAUUAUCCUGUGAGAGUCUGGGAUGAAGAACAGCUCGGUUAUGCACCUGUCAUGUCCUCACUGAAACACAGUUCGGUGCUGGUGUAGACAGAGAAGUGAGGUGAAGGGAGGAAACAUGGAGGUUCAUGCAGGUCUCUGUCAGUACAGCAGAUGAAGCUGAAUACAUCCAUGUACAAUGUGUUACCUGCAGAUGGAGAAGAGCGAUGAGAAGAAUGAGGUAGAAAUACUUACAGAAUUAGAUGAUAUUCUUGCUCAGGUAGAAGAACUGGAUAAAUGGAGGGAAAUUUUCGACGCUCGGGGGUUGAAAUUACAAAACAGUUUGGACAAUAGACCUCUAAAAGCUGACGAAGAGACUGAAGAUGUUUCUAGGUGUCCUUCCGCUCAUUCACCCAACGGUCACGCUAACCAGCUAAUGGUGCCCUACUCUGUCCCCCGUGCUCUUGCAGUCUCUCCCAGUCUGGGUGGACUUCCAGUGUCACCUGAACUUGCUAUGAAUCUGAGGAAGAUUUUGUUUGGAAACGCACUUCACGUCUUUAACUACGAGUGGAAAAAAUCAUUCUUCAAGUUCCGGGAGCCACAUUCAAACCUCUCCUACGCUCUGGAGACAGAUAGAGGUGGAGUUCGUGCUAUUCAGAUGGCAGUCCAGGCUCACAUUGUCAAAUACCUACUUUUCACACAGCCUUCAAGCUCAGAGUGCUGUGGAAUAGAAAGUUUAACUGCGAUUGGGGAGAAAGAGCAGGAGAGGGCUUUAGCGGCAGCCAUAGCUGAUAUUUUAUGGACAGCUGGUGAGGAGAGUACAGCCACCGUCUCCUUGGUCACGCCAGAACGCUGCUUCACCCCCCACCUGGACUACAAACUGGACAACUUUACAGAGCGGUUGCAACUUUUUACUUUCAAAAAGAAAGAAGAUUUGAGGACGUUCCUGUAUGGACAUAUUCAAUGUUUUAAUGAGGAGGGAAGCCACGGAGUCAUUCUCUUUCUGUACAGCCUGGUCUUCUCAAGAUCCAUUAUAAUGUUGCAAGAAGACUUGGAUUCCACCACUACUCAUCUCCUACAGUGUAGCUUGGGCAACUUUGGUUGUCGACAGGCUCUUUUAAACCUUUUGUUGACGGGUCGUGCCAGUCCUAACGUCUUCAACGGAAAUAUGUAUUGUGACGAGCAUGGCAGCUCAAUGUCACGUCCUCUCCACGGAGUUCUGUCCCGCAGUGAUGUGGGGUACCUAUACUGGAGUCGAGAGGAAGCCGAACAUGCCAGUCUGCCCAAGGUGGGAAGUAUGCUUAAGACACCCAAACUGCCUAUUUGGGUUUGCAGCAUCAACGGCACCUACAGUGUUUUGUUCAGUCUUAAUCGAUCUCUCCUCUCUGACUGGAAGAUGGAGCAUCUCUUCCACCUCUACUUCUACAACGGCCAACCAACUCAAGCCAGUACUGCAAUGCUCACCAUAGACACACAUUCCCAUCACUGGGAGGCUAAGAGCGGGGACAGUCAAGGAGACCCAGAGAGAAGGUUCCCCUCUGUGGAGAUGACCAUCAGAACUAAAUGGGAGGGAGCUGUAAUCGACUGGAAUAGAACUGUUCCCUUUUUUUGAGGUUUAACCAUUAAUCCCAAGUUAGAAGGUUUUAAACAAUGUAAAACCAACAUCUGUGUUUUGUGCAGUAUAUGUAGGGGAAGCAGGUUGUGUCUUUUCAGGGUCUUGGAGACCUUGGUUCAAAUCUCACCUCCAGUCACUGUCUGUGAGCAGUUUGGUAUGUUCACUUGUCUCUAAGUGGGUGUUCUCUGGUUACCUUAAAUUUCUUCCACUUUCUAAAAAUACAGUAGGUGGAUUGGACUAUAGGUGUAAGUGAAAGAGCAUAUGAGUGAGUGUGUAAAGGAUGCAGCCCUGUGUUUCUGGGUAGGCUCUGCACUGCAAAUCUAAUUAAGAUAAUGCUGUUACUCAAAAUAAAUGAAUGAAUUAACAAAGCAUAAGGUCUACAAAGAACAACAGCAAUAAAAAUAUAGUCUAGACUGAUGGUCAAAUUA